UGGUGUUGGUUUAGGAAAACACAAGCUAGAAUGGCAGAGAUUAAACUACAUGGAUUUUGGUAUAGUCCUUUUACUUUAAGGAUAGUAUGGACCCUAAAUCUGAAGGGUAUACCAUAUGAGAACAUAGAGGAAGAUCGCUUCAAUAAGAGUCCUCAACUUCUUGAAUAUAAUCCAGUUCACAAAAAGACUCCUGUGCUAGUUCAUGAUGGAAAACCCAUACGCGAGUCCAUGAUCAUUGUAGAAUACAUUGAUGAGAUAUGGCCACACAACUCAUUGCUUCCUGCUGAUCCCUAUGACAGAGCUCAAGCCCGAUUUUGGGUCAAAUAUAUUGAUGACAUGAUUUCAGCAAUGUCGGCACACUUACGUAGCAGAAAUGGUGAAGAGCGAGAGAAGGCCAAAGAGAAUAUAUGGGAGCGACUCAGAGUAAUUGAGGAUCAAUGUUUGGAUGAUCGGAAGAAAUUCUAUGGGGGAAACACAAUUAACAUGGUAGACAUAGCUCUUGGAUCCUUUGUCAAAUUUAUUGAGAUUCAGGAAGAUAUGUUUGAGGUGAAGAUCUUGCAAAGUGAGAGAUUCCCCCGCUUGCAUUUAUGGUUUAAUAAUUUCAAGGAUGUUCCGGUCAUCAAAGAAAACAUCCCUGCUCAAGAGAAGUUGGUGGCUUUUUAUAAGCCUCUGAUUGAAAAAAUAUUGGCAUCGGCUUGAGAAUAUUAUGGCUUUAUGAAUUGAUAUACAAAGCAUUUGUAUGUCAUCUGUAUUUCUUUCUCUUUUUUUGGUACAAUGUCAUGUCACAUGUGUAUUUCUUUAUGUUAAUAAUAGUUGCUUUAUGUUGUCUUUGUACGUCAAUAAUGAAAGUUUAAAAUGAUUUCACUUUUAAUAUUAAGAGUAUGUAGCACACGUCUAAUAAAAAAAAUUGUGAUUAAUCUAAUAAA